AUGGCUCGGGGAUUAUUCAUCACUACUUGCUUAUUUUACAUUUACACCUUUCCAAUAUUUUCAGGACAAUUCCUUACAAAAAUGACGAAAACCUAUAAACUUGGAAACUGGGUAACUGCAGACUUCAAAACAAUCAGCAAAUAUGUUCGGAGAAUGCAUAGUCCUGUAAAAAUUACUCGUCCUUCGUUACUAGCCUUACAGGAUCUGAUUGAAACUAACCCAGAAGUAUACAUGCUCUUUACGACCAUGUUUACUCAAAAAGUUGUCAUAGAUCCAGGUGAAGAAUAUCCUGUGAAUCCAAUCUCAGACUACAGGGAUAUGCUGAAAAAGAUGGAAAUCAUCAUUACCGCGGCUCCUGAGUAUAACAGUACGCUUGGUGUUCUACCACUCAAACACCUCCUCGAAUAUGUCAUGGCAACACCCUCGGGAACCAUGGCUUUUAUCAACGAUAAAGUCAACAAAUGUUUCAAGGAUAUUCUCAACGAUUGGGCGCAGUUCCUCGGCAAUCCAGAUUCACGAACAGUUUUGAAUCAGCAGGUAAAUGACAAAGGAUAG